UUGACUUUGCCACUCGCUCCGCUUUGUGUUUCUAUUUUUUGCUUCGAUUCGCUACGAUCUACGAUCAGCGAUCUACGAUCUCCGCUCCACAGAUCUCCCUCCGUUAAACGUCCCAUUAGGCACUGCGUCGAUUCUGCAUAAUGCGGCAUCUGUUGCUGUUGUUCGCACUGUCCCUGGCUCUGUCGCUGGCCAGACCUGCCACGCAGGCGCCUCGCCUGCUCAUCGACUCUGCCCCCUCGGUGGUGGCCUACCAGGGCUCCUCCCAGACGCACACACGCUUCGUGAUCGCACCCAUGGGCCGGGCUCUGGGCUACGUGGAGCCCACGAAUCUCAAUCGAACGUUCCACACGAAGCCCACGUCGCGGGAGGAGGGCUCCGGCUAUGAUCUGCUCAAUCUGAGUCCGGUCUAUGUGCCGCACGCCUAAUUGAUUAAAAUAGUGUAGAAAAUAUCUAGAUAGUUGAAUUCAGAAUGCAAAUACAGAGCAGCAAGGAA